CUUCCAUGAAGAGUUCCUGAUAACAGAAUUGACUGUCAAGUAUAAAACAGCCCAUGGGUAGUGGUCGGCACCAAAAUUGCCAAUCAUGUCUCCUCUACUCUUAUGUACACUCUUUUUGAUGAGUCUUUCUUCAUCAGGUAUUUAUAUAUUAUUCGUUAAACACUUAUUACAAAUACGUUUUUUAUGAUGACAGCGUUUAUUAGUCUCUGUUAAAUUUUGUUCGUUAUUUUUUUUUUUGGUUUAAAACUUAGAAUAAACAUGCUGGAAGAAGUGGAAAUACAAUCUUGAAGCCUUAGCGUGGAUCAGUCUAAAAUCUGUCAGUGUCAUACUUCGUCAGUAUGAAUGUUUCAUUUGAAUUCUUUCGCAUUUCCUUCCUUUUAAAGGCUAUAUUAAAAAAAAAAAAAUCUAGGAAGCAAAUUUCAGAUUUUUGCCUUCACACCCAUCUUGAAAUUAAAACGUAGAUGCUUCUUCAUUUCCUUUCGGAGCUCAUUCUUUUAAAUUAUUUUUUUCGGACUAAAAAAUUGCUCUUUCAAAAUUAUUUAAAUGCGUGUUUUAACAAAGUUUAUGUAGAAUAUUUUCUAAAGCGAUACAAAAUAAUUGUUCAAGCCUUCAAUGGCCAAGAACAUUUUAUGUAAAAAGAUCAUUCAUUGAAUUUUCCAGCUACCGGGCUUCAGUUCAAUGUCCAACCAACAAGGAUUGAGUUCGGGCUCUCUAAGCGAUUUUAUCUCAAUUGUUCGUUCAACCACGGAACUGACCCUGAGAUGUCCAGCCUGGUCUCGCUUUUUAUUUCGCGCUCGAAAGACACAACAAUCGUGGAUUUUCAUGAGAUAGCUUCCAUCAACACAUUUUCCGGUAGUGUCAGCGACAUAGAGCUGGACAACGCCACCUUUUCCGGCGUCAUCAACAACCUCGGGGUGUCAUUUAUCAGCAUGGAGUGGAAGUUCCCAGACGAAGAUGUGUCGGGUGUCUACAAAUGUGUCGCUAACGGCGUUGACGGUACUGGACACCCCAUAAGUGUCAUGUCUACAAGUCUAGUUACAAGUGAGAUACCCGAUACCAAAGACUUGGUGCAAGUAGUCCGUAACCUCAUGAUCAACAUGGACUACGCUCUAGAAAACACGUGCAUAUCAGGUAUAGAACAAUCAGUAAUUUAAUCAUCAAUAUAUCGCAUUUAACACUUUUCCUUGUAAUCUCAGGUUAAAAUAUAUUUUGAAGUGUUUCGAAUAGUCAAUAUAUUCUUACGUAUAACCGAAAACUGUGAACAGAUGACUGAAGAUGUAAAAAUAUUUUAGACUUUGAAUAUGGUGUCUGGGGCGUAGUUGCAGUUCAUAGUUCAUCUGACCCACAGUUUAAUAUCAUGUGAUCAGUUGUCCCAUUUUUGUGUGUGGCGAUUUCGUCAACUCUGUCCUAACACCCCCCACUUCCCUCUUUUCCCCGGCGUCACGGCUCAGUGAUUCUCAUGUCUCCAAGAUGUGCUGGCGCGAGUUAAGAAAACAUACAAAUCAGAAUUAGUAGUAAAGCCAGUGGAGGAGCAAUACAUAUUGCCUCAGCCAUGCUUGAGGCCUUCUAAAAAAAAAAUUGCAGUUACGCUGACCGUGGUGUCGAAAGCUGGCUACGCCACUGAUACACAUGUCCUAAGAGGGGGGUUAAGCCCAGAACCCCCACACAAGUAUCUUAAAUAGUCGAAGAGGACCACAGAGAAGAAAACUAAGUUGCACCGGCCCCCAGCGAUAAAGUGGAUAAAAAUAAUCUUACUUCUUAAUUUAUAAUCUCGUAACGUCAGCUCUCCCGUUCCAUCUGGUUGUUAGGGUUUUGGUGGGAAAUGGUAUUGUAGUGAAAUUUCCUUGCUGGUUGUUAUUAGAAGGUGCAGUUCAGGAUUGGAGUGUACUCUGAGUGUACAUGGGACUGAUGAACAGAGGUUUAUUUGUGCCAACAUUAUUGGAGUCUGAUGUGUCCAAAAUGGGGAUGAAUUUUAAAAAAAAAUCUUUAUUUUCAGUUUGUGUGAACUAUCAUUUAUCUUCCAUAUAUUUCAUGUUAACUAAUUGCAUGUACGUUUUUCUUUUAAACCUUGAAACUAUUCCAGGCUGUUGGCAGCGGCGACUAGAACAGAUGAUGAAGGCGAGGUUUGAAAUAUCUUUGUACAAAGGUCACAGGUAUCUCUUGUCUAAAAUUGCCAACAUUGCCUCCGUUGCCGUGGCCCAAGAGUCGUGUGAACUCUACGGAGGUUACCUCGCUGAGAUCGACGAUGAAAAUGAGUGGCUGUUCGUACAUAGUUUUAUUAAAUCCACCAAAGUUGAUUACAGAUUGGUUUUGAUUGGAGGAAUGGAUGAAGGUCACACAAAUCAUUGGGUUUUCCAGCGUACUGGAAGAAACGUUACUUACACGAAAUGGGGAUCAGGCAGACCAUUUGUAGGUUAUAUCACCUAUAACUGCCUCUACCUAUUUGGAGAUAUUGACUGGUUUAUGGUCGAUUUUGUAUGCUUUGAAACAGACAGAACCUAUAGCACUAGGUACCUGUGUGAAUUACCCGAGUAAUGACAGGAACAACAAAUUUCUUAUACGAAACAUUAAUAGCUCUUUUGAUUUUUUUCUUUGAUCUCUGAAUAUUAAUUAAAACAAGAAUUUCUUGAGGUUAUUUUUUUAGGUUAAAUAAGAUAUUUAUUGAUUUAGUUCAAUGAAGAUAUUAAUUCUUAAAAGAGAAAUGUUAUUUUGUUUUCGAAAGUUUUUUUUUUUUUUUUUAAUUGCAGUUGCUAGAUUUAAUCUAUUUGAAUUGUGCUAUUCAUAUUUUUUUUUUUAAUACCAUGACUGACCAUUUUAUUAUUUUUUCUGAAUUAAUUAUGAAUUUAUUUUUUUAAAAGAGAAAUUUUUUUUUUUUUUUGAAAGUUUUUUUUUUUUUUUUUAAUUGCAGUUGCUAGAUUUAAUCUAUUUGAAUUGUGCUAUUCAUAUUUUUUUUUUUAAUACCAUGACUGACCAUUUUAUUAUUUUGUCUGAAUUAAUUAUGAAGUUAUUAAUCUUAUCUAAAAAUUGGCUAUUUGCGUAGUAUAUCUAACCAGACUUGAGUUACUUUCUCUAUCAUGAAUCACACCAGCAUUCUUUAUAUUCAAAUGUGUUUUUGUUUUUAAAAAAAAACAACCUUGCAUACUUCGUAAUAUACUUGAUAAUGAUAGUGCUUAAACAAAACAAAAAUUGUAAAAAAAAUCUUUAAGUGGACUAUUUUUGCAACUGUUUGCCUGUACCAAACUGACAUAAAUGAAAUAUAUAGACCAGAACAAUGCAUAUCCUAGUUGACUGGAGGGUUUGGCUACACAUUUUAUUGGAGGGGUAAUAAGGGGAGAGACUGCAAUCAGGUUAGGACAAAAUACAAUGAGUAAGACAAAGUAGGGUUAAACCUGAAAAAAUAAACGCAACAAAACAGCGAACGUGUCGGCAGAAAGCCUUCGUCAGCGAACAAAACAACAGAAAAAACGGUAUACAAAUGAAAAUAAGAAUAAGCACUUAGCUGGUAAGUAGUAUCUGUGGGCAGCAAUAGAAGUGUGGAGUUUUUAGCUACAUAUUUUAUUUGAAAAGAUUGAACAUUAAUUCUGCCUUUUUGUUGUUGUUGUAACUUUUUAUUUGAUGCAGUAAGCUGAUUUCGGUUAUUAAUUCUUAUAAUAGAGACAUCCAAGUGUCGCCACUGAUAUUAAGCUAACAUGGUAUGAAAACGGCCGACUUUGAAAUAAAAGUUAACCAAAUAAUUUUCUAUAUUAAAAAAAAAGUAACGCUAUUUAAGACAUUCAACUAAUUAAAAAAAAAACCCAAACAAUCAUUUACUGAUAAAUAAAAGGUCUUCUACUGUGAUUUGUUUCGUUCCUUGUAUUGCACUAGUUUUAACUGUAACAUAAUCGCAUCAGUGAUACAGUUUAGACAGAAACUUUUUGUGUGUCAUUUAUGAAGUUUGAAAUGAAUGUACAAUAUUUAAAUAAUUUUAUAUUUUAAAAAAAGUCAAAAUCAGCAACAGACUGAAAUUGUUCCGUGUGUAACAAAUCGUGCCAUUGAGACAUUGCUGUGCACUUUAAAUGUCCCAUAUAUUCAAUGGCGCUCUUUGACUCAUGCAGAAACGAGCUAAAUUACAAAAUUGACAAAUGUCCCAUAUAUUCAGUGGCGUUCUUUGACUCAUGCAGAAACAAGCCCAAUUACAAAAUUGCCAAUCACCCGUCCCCACACACACACAUCUACUUUGUAAAGUUGGCCAUGGAAUUCCAAAAAAGAAUGCCCAGAACGAUAGAGCCCGGUUGAGGAUGUACCAUGUUUUACAAUGGGUUAUAAGGUCAUGUCGAUGGAACGCUGUGGCAUUUGUUAUUGUCAAUGUUGGUGUCAGCCCUUCUGAUGGUAUCGCUAGUGCUUUCAGCUCCCUAUGGUCCUCGGAUGAGGCCUCUGCAUGCAAUUAUAGGCUUUUGUUAAUGUUUUCUGCAAAGAAAGCUGCUAAGUGAUGGCCCACUCCUUGUGUCAAAAAACUGUACUGCCUCCAUCGUUCCAUUGUGGCGGACGGCUGCCCCCCAAAAAAUUACAAAUUAUAAAUUUAUAACAAGUCAAAUGUUAAAAAAAAAAAUACAAAUUUUAAUAUAUUAACAAAUAAGCAUUAACAUUGUUGAUUCAGAAAUAAAUAUUCACAUUGUUAUACUUUCAGAAAAAAAAAUCAUUUAUUGAUUAAAAAAAAAUUGUUUUUGCAUAUUUUUGAGUACAUAAGAUAACAAUGCUACACGUUAAAGGUAACAUUAGAAAUAAUGUGAGCGUAUAGACCCAAAUACCAAAGCUUUCGAAUCAUUGAUAAUUAUAAACCUUUCUCAAACGAAAGAGAACAGAACAAAGCCGUCUAUUGAGGAAUAUAUUUGGAAUUUGAGUAUUUGUUUCAAAAAUGGUAUUAAACUUAGGAUUUAUUUAGAAAUUGUUCCUUUAUUCAUUAUUUUUAAUAAUGUCUAUUCCAUUUUUUUUUUAAAUAAAAAAAAAACUACUGGAAAUAUGAUUUCCCUUGCGAUGAAAAUAUUUUUUUUUUUACCUAAACCACUUCUAGUAUAUUUAACUAAAUGUUUAAAAGGAAAAAAAAUACAAUAUAUAGGAGAAACUUUAAAACACUGACAAAUUUAAGAAUUUUAUUGAUGGAUAAAGGAAGAAAACUAUAUGUAAGAUAAUGUACAAAACAUUCGAUUAAGAGAGAGUUAGCUAAGCUAUUGCCAAGAAGAUAUGAGCAGCCAUCUUUCUUCUCGCGGAAGCCCCCUACUGUCACUGUAAAGGUUGUUUUAUGCCCAAUUUUUACAUUAAAAAAAUUCAUUUCUUAUAUUUACCCUGUUGUCGAG